GCGCGCGCGCCGCCGCCUCAGCCUGCCGCGCCGCCCGCGCCGCCCGCUCCCGGCGCUCGGCCCAGUACUUCGGCGCCGGAGCGGCCGUGGGCAGCUCCGGGCCAGCAGUGUAGAGUCCGCCAGCCCGGGACCCGAGUGCCGCACCCGGACGGCCCCGGUACUCAAGACUGAUGGAGUUUUAGCAGUUUGCCCAGGAUCACCAAGCUUGGAAUCUAUGAGAUCUGUUCUUCAGAUUUUGUUUGAAAAAAAAGUACCAAGGAGAAGCAGAAGAAAGAAUGAAAGUUUGUUAAUAAGUUACAUUAAGAAUCAUGGGGGUGUUGAUGUCCAAGCGGCAGACAGUAGAACAGGUACAAAAGGUGAGCCUGGCUGUGUCUGCCUUCAAGGAUGGGCUGCGAGACAGGCCUUCCCUCCGACGCAUGGGUGAGCUACCAGGGUCUCGUCGUGGUACUGUAGAGGGCUCUGUCCAGGAGGUGCUGGAAGAGAAAGAAGCUGAGGCCGGCACCCCGGUGGUCCAGGAAGAGAGCAGUGUCAACCGUGCAGCCUGGGAACGGCUGCGAGAUGGGCGUGGAGUGGAGCCUGAGGAGUUUGAAAGGACCAGUCGGUUCACACCCCCUGCAUUCAUCCGCCCCACUCGGAAGCUAGAUGAUGACAAGCCUCCAGAUAUCUUCUUGGAGCCCAGAGAGCCUAUUGUCAACGAUGAAAUGUGUGAUAUCUGUGAGGUCUGGACAGCUGAGAGCCUCUUCCCGUGCCGGGUCUGCACCAGGGUUUUCCAUGAUGGCUGCCUGCGCCGCAUGGGCUACAUCCAAGGAGACAGUGCAGCGGAAGUGACUGAGAUGGCCCACACAGAAACAGGCUGGAGCUGCCACUACUGUGACAACCUCAACUUGCUGCUUACUGAAGAAGAAAUGUACAGCCUAACAGAGACCUUUCAGCAGUGUAAAGUCAUCCCUGAUUGCUCCCUGACACUGGAGGACUUUCUUCGUUACCGCCACCAAGCAGCAAAGCGGGGAGACAGUGAAAGGGCACUGAGUGACGAGCAAGAGGAGCAGGCAGCCCGCCAGUUUGCAGCCCUGGACCCUGAACAUCGAGGCCAUAUAGAGUGGCCUGACUUCUUGUCCCAUGAGUCCCUACUACUCCUGCAGCAAUUGCGUCCCCAGAACUCACUGUUGAGGCUUCUGACAGUCAAGGAGCGGGAACGAGCCCGAGCCACCUUCCUGGCACGGGGCAAUGGGAACACUAUCAGUGAGGCAGAGUGCCGCUGGGCCCAACACUCUUGGUUCUGCAAACACCUCAUAGAGGCUCCUUCCUGUGGUGUGAGCAGUAUCAGCCACGUGGGUCCCAUAGCAGACAGCAGCCCAGCCAGCAGCAGCAGCAAGAGUCAGGAUAAGGCCCUACUACCUGCAGAGCACGAAUCCAGAUCUGUGGACUGGCCCACCUUCCUGCGAGAGAAUGCUGUCUACAUCUUGGCUGCUCGCCCUAACAGUGCAGCCAUUCACCUGAAACCCCCAGGAUAGCAUGGCACAGAGAAGUUUGGUUCAGAGCCACUGGCAUCUUAUCCCUUCUUCCCUUUUCCCCUUUCUUCCACCAAAUUCUGGCUCUGAGACUCAUGGGGAUUGGGCACUGCCAGCAUCUUAAUUUGUCAUUAAGUUUUAUGGCACUGAAAUCACCAUUCCCCUCACAGAGACAGUUAGCACAUUGCCACAGGGAGAAUCCUCGAGAGUUGUGGCAGCAUCCACUCCUGGACCAUCCCCCUGCCCUCACAUCAUAGACUGGACCUGCCACCACAUGCUUACAAAUGUGUACAUGUGCAUAUGGAUAUCAGUCACAUGAAUAUCACACACAUGGAUAUCAGUUAAGCUGGUUCUUUUUAUUCCAAAAAGAACUAAAAUCCCUUUGCAAAACCCCAGGUAUGGAUGAAGAGGUCACUACUCAUUUCUUCUUUUGUCCAGUUCUGAUUUUCAAUAGAUAAAAAUCUAGCCAAAUGAUUACGAACAAGGGGGCAUAUUAGAUUCACAUUCCCUCCUGGGGGUACUGAGGGGCCCGCUCUGCCCACUUUGAAAACUCCUUGUAUGGUGAGCCACACUAGUAGGUAUCCGUUAUGUCCCCCCGGGGUAUGUUGAAGAUGGAAAAAAUGGUUGAAAAUCAUCACUUCCGUUUAACCCACUAUUUUAUUUAGAUUCUAAUUCUUUGUGACAGAGAAGGCAGCGCCUUAUGGAAUCCUGACUGGAAAACAGGGAGACAGCAUCUCUCAGACACACAGAAUUCUAGGAGUCUCUCAGCCAGGUCAUCCAAGUUCAAAAGUCUUUAGCAGAAUGGUGAAACCCCAAGGUGAGCUUUCCUGGCCCCUAUUUCUCAGAUGUUAAUUCAUGGCCCAAAACCUGAGGGACCUGAAUGGAACAAAUAUGCUGGCAAGAGUCACAACCCUCUGUUUUAGAUGCCUCACCCAAGUCAGCUACCACAGAGACCAAUGAGGACAAGGUCUGCAUGGAAGAGGAGAGGAGAGGGCUCAUGCUUUUCGAUUGUUCCAGCUCAACUCAGCCAUAGCCCAAGAAGAGUGUGCCAUUGUGUGGAGAACAAAGCCAGCCUCUUCCACAGCCCAAGAGAGAGCAAUUCUACAGUAGUCCUAAGCAGGGACUUCUUUCAAUCAUCCUGACAAUAAGGAUAGGAGAAAACUGGGGCCUGUGAAGAUUUGCACCUCAGCUCUCUCAAGCAGGGAAGGUCCUGGUAGAACCUCAUAGAAAGAGGAAGUUUCUCCUUUUCCCCAUUGCUGAGAUGUGGCUUCAGUUGCUGCUCCUCCCCACUGUUCUCUGUCAUUCCCUCUAUACUGGGGCCUGGGCAUGAGAGGACUUUAGGGACAAGCAGAGCCUACCAAAAGGGCACCAAGUUUGGCCUGCCAGCCUCAGCCUUCCUCCCAAGUUCUCAUCAUCAAGUUCUCAAGUCAUUUGUGGUAUGGGUCAGCCCCGGUCUGGGUUCUAGAUUUCUGUUUCCAACUGAAUUACUUAGGUGUAGUCAGAUCUGACUACCAAGAGUUAUUCAAAAGAGAAUUAAACUUAGUCAUGCAGAUGCUCAAUGGCACUUGUACUAAAUUGGGUGCUUACAGAAGAAGGAGUACCACUCAGUAUUGAGAUACUCAGAGGAAAGUGGGAAGCUGCCACCAGGAGCUUGGUAAGAGCCCUAUGUAGUUUCCUUCUGUAGGAAUGGCUUCAUCUAGAAGAAGGGUGAUAAGCUGCUGGGGAUGGAUUCUCUAGGACUGAAAUGAAGUGGAUAGGAGACUAAUGUAUAUAUAUGGCCCUGAACAUUUUGAAACCCACAGCUCUGUAAAUACUCGUCAGCCAUAUGCCCUGGACUGAUCAGUCCUAGGGGCCAUUAUUCAAUCUUAUUUUUCAAAAAGGAAAGCAAGCACAUGACUCCUGGACCCAAGAACUUCAUCUGAAACUGCCAGACUUGGUAUUUUUCACUGAGAAGAUUAAAGCACGUUAAACACAAGGGCUCUUACUCUCCUGGCAAGUCAUCCUGUAUACCAGCUAUGGGCUGCUGAGUCUCACAGAUAAGACAUUUUAAGUAGAGACAAACUCUGGGCUUUGAGAGCUGAACAGUUCUUUUUUUUCUCCUGCUUCAUCUGUCACAGGAACUAAAAGUCCAUCUUUUUGCUUCUUGAAUCCUUCACAGAUGAAGGUGAAGCCCACCACUGUAGAGCUGCUGCUUCUAGCUCUCUGUGAGUGAGUGUGAAAGACUGCCAGACCAGGCCAGCUGUGUCCCAAGGCCUGCAGAGCAUGCCCCAGAGUUCUUGAAAAAUGGGAGCAGGCCCAUUUGGCAUCACCCCUCUCCCUAUCUGAAGUCAGCAGGCUUCCUUGGUGAAGAGCCUGCUACAGAGGGCCUAGGGAACACUGCCCCUAGCAAAGAAUAGGGUUUCAAAUCCACAACAGUUCUCAGAAGCAGAAAACCACACAAGGAAGGCUGGUCUCUUCUGUGUAAGCAUCUAGCUUUUUACCAAAGGGAGGGUCCAUUGCUCCCCAGUCCUGAGUUGCAGAAGCUCCAUCCAACCCCUCUGUCCAGAACCUCCCUUUGGAGUGUCCUAAUCCCUAGUGUACCUCUGCAGUAUAUGUGGAGAUGUUCAAACCUAGCAAGACCCAUUCCCUCUUUAAGAUUUCCAUCACUGUGGUUGUCUGAAAUUCUGCCAAGUACAAAAAAUAGUGUCUGGCUCUAAUAUGGGAAUGAGAAAAUGUUUCAGUCUUUUCUUCUUGGCUGCUGAAAAUUGAGACCAGUACUUUCCCCAGGUACCACCUACCUAGACAGCAUCCAUGGAUUACACAUGUGCUCCCCUGAAGAUCACUUGUCCUAAGCCUGUUUUUCACACAGCUGUCCUCUUCUCCACACUUUUAUUUAAAUAAAGGGGCAUCUGGAUGACACUGAGGAUCACUGAGGAAGUGGCUAUCCAGGUCUGCUGUUUGACUUCUUUCCUGAAGCCUGCCUUCCCCAGCAGAAUAUUUGAGCAGUGUCCCCUAUGGUAUCCUAGGGAUGGAGCAGUUUCCUCACUCCUAGAUACUGAUUCAGCUCUCAAGUGCUCUUUCUUUGAGGACAAUUGCAGUAGAAACCAUGAAUACAUUGCCUCUUUCUACCCUCAGGCAAAGCAAUGGGCUACCCAUCUUUCUGACCCUGGUACUCUGGGAUGUCACCCCCGCUUUGCUUAAAUGGCCAAAUCUUAGGGUUCCCCCAUUUCUUUCAUCAGUAUGGAAAGCAUAGAAUUUAAACUGCCUGGGAAGAGGGUACCUCACUGGGAAGUGAGCCCCAGGGUUGCACCUAGGCCUCUUAGCCCAAAGCACAACUUCAACCAUUGCAGGCAUCACAGCUUUGGAAAGAGUGGUGCCAGGAAGCCCCAACACCAAAAGAAAGACUCAUAAUAAUCUGUCUAGCAGGGCCCAGGUCAGGCCAUGACCACCCCAGAGCCAAGAGUAACCUCUAGGCAGGACUGAGAACUGACCACAGGCCAUAGCAUUCCUGCAGGCAUGACCCCUUCAGACCUGCUGAAAGGCAGGUGUAUACAGUCAUGUGUUGCUUAACAAUGGAAUCCAUUCUGAGAACUGUGUCAUUAGGUCAUUUCUUCAAAUGUAAACAUCAUAGCAUGUAUUUACACAAACCAAGAUAGCUAUGCCAUUACUAGGCAAUAUAGUCUUAUGGGACCAUAUGCAGUCCACUGUUGGUUGAAAUGUCAUUAUGCAGCACAUGACUUCUUCUGACUUGCCACUAAAAGGCAGGACACUCUCAAUGCCAGAACUUCAGGUAAUCCUGGCAGUAUCUGUAACCGAAGUUCCUUUGUAUUUCCGUAUUUACAGUGGAAUAAAAUUGCUACUUGAUCCUUGGCAGUUAGCUUGAAUUUGCCCAGGAUGUCUCUUUCAGCCCCUGGCUGCAGCCCAGACAAUGGAGAUCUCCUGAGUGGGCCCUAUCUGUGCAUCAUGCCUGUUCCCAACAAUUCAACCCUGGGGUGGAGUGGGGCUAAGCAUUUUCCCUGAUGUUGUUUUCCUGCUGCCACCAUUUUUGCCAACCUUGAAAAGAAAAGAAAAUGAUAUAGUUGCAGAAUUUCCACUAGUCCCAACCAGCUAAGGAAAAACCGUUUCCCUCUGGGCUGCAUUCCCCAGUGACCCACAGCGUGGAGAGGGGGUCAGGUCUCAUCUGAACCAAUGAUUAAGAAGCUCAAUCACAUUUCAGUUUGCAUAGCACCGGUUGGCCUUCCCAUAUUCAUGGUGAACAAAGGCCUUCAAGCUUAGCUUCCAGCUAUUAGGGAUGUCCAUGAUCUGUCUCCCAGCCAAACAUAGGCUGUGAGAGAGAUCUCUGAAAGCACUUGAGUAACAGUGGAGGACCCAAUGCCCUGUGGUCCCUCAUGCCUUUCCCAUUUACUUCUCUGCAGAAGGUAACUUGACAGUAAACUAAGGGGAAACAUUCCCAAGCCCUGUCUUCCCAUCUACAGCUGCAUGCCCCUCCCAUGGCUCAGCCUUCACAGCACUCCAAGAAGGAGCUCCUAGAAGCUGGGCACAGCG